GUUCGCAUUUUAUACCGUCGGCCGGAAGUCUACUGUGUCCCACAAUGCACUAUAUUUGCAGUAGCGCCAUUUGCAUCACAGCGUGGUUUGUAGCGUGGUCGUGCAAAUUACACUGAAAAUGAGUGACAAAGAGGAAGGGUCUCUACCUGACUCUGAUGCGUCUCCAGUAAGAGGGUCACCAAAAUCAAGGUCAAGGUCUCCCUCACCUGUCACCAGGUCUAGGUCUCGCUCUCUGUCAGCAUCCCGUUCAAGGUCAAGAAGCCCCAGGAGACGCCAUAAGAGAUCAAGGUCCCGCAGUCGAGGACACCGUUAUUCCCGCUCAAGAUCACGAAGCCCAUACCAAAGACGACGUCAUAGAGAUAGCCACGGAGGAGAACGUUCAAGUGGACGAAGGCGUCAUCGCAGUCAUAGCCGAUCACCCAUGUCAUCACGGAGAAGACACCAAGGGAAUAGGGAUGACCCUGAGCCAACAAGAUGUCUGGGUGUAUUUGGUCUGAGUCUGCACACCCAGGAACGAGACCUGCGGGAGGUGUUUGACAGAUAUGGGAGUGUUGAAGAGGUUCAAGUUGUCUAUGACAGACAGAGUGGCAGAUCUCGAGGCUUCUCCUUUGUGUACUUCAAAAGUGUGAACGAUGCUAUUGAGGCCAAAGACCGAUGCACAGGAAUGGAAAUAGAUGGACGCCGUAUCCGAGUGGAUUAUUCUAUCACCGAACGUGCCCAUACCCCAACUCCCGGCAUCUACUUAGGCAAACCCACAACCAGAGGGGAGAGAGAGAGGGAACGAGGAGGAGGUGGUGGUGGUGGUGGAGGAGGAGGUGGUGGGGGAGGAGGAGGAGGAGACCGGUACGACAGAAGUGAACGCAGUGAAAGAAGCGAUCGCGGUGACAGAUAUGACAGAAAUGGACAGAACAGUCAUGGAGGCAGUUCUUAUGGAUACAGCAAGCACUACUCUGAUGACAGAUACAAUCGCUAUAGAUCACCUUCUCCAUAUCGGAGAAGAUCGCCUUCCCCUUACUACGGUCGCCGACGAUCGCGAUCCAGGUCCAGAUCAAGGUCCUACACCCCUCCGCGUCGCUAUUAAGGAAAGCUGAUCAUCCGUACCAUGUGACCCAAACAUUUCAUUUAUCAUGUUCCGUGUUACACUUUUAGACAUUGUGUUGUUAGGGAUUGUAGGAAUGGGAUUGUAUAUCUUGUACAAAACAUGCAGUUUAGUGUUUUGCUAUGUAUUAGUGUGCGACAUUAGCGAUAGACCAAUAACCAGGUUCUUCAGUGAUUUGUGCAGUUAGAAGAAAGAUUGGAAAGAUCCAGGACAUUUAAAUCAGAUUUUUUGCUCUGAUGUCAUACCUCUCUGCGUGAAGAUCUCAUGACACCUCCAUUGAUGGGUGCAUCUGGUCAACUGUAAGCGAACAUUGGCAACCCAAACCAUGAGUUCCAUACCAAUUUCUUAAAAAAAUCUGUCUUCACUUCUUUCCUACCUGGAUCUGGAAAUUUCGAAUAGUCCAAGACAAAGCCCUCACAGAACACGGAUAUUCCUCUUUGGGUGGAUAUGCCAUGGUGAUGUAACAGUGUAUAAUAUCCACCUAUAAGGUUUUGGUCUUUCGGUGCUUAUGGAAAAUCAGAUAUGCCGGUCUGAAUGGUUUGUUCGCUCAUAAAAUGUUUUCGAAGCUUCUACGCUGAUCAUGGCUCAGUCGAAUUCAUUUGAACUUACCUAUUGAGUUUUCCUAAGAUGUUUCACGCAAAAGGUGAACGAUUAGAUUUUAAGGAUAUUGGUCAAUUUUCUUAUUGGUUUUCAUAUUAUCUGGGACUGUUAUUUUUAUGACUUGUCACAAAAGAGGACAACGCUUUCAUUGUUAUAUAUACUACUCAAAAGAAGUUAAAGAAAACAGUGUUUUCAAAUGACUAUGGUUGAUCUGACAUGAAAAAUUACUAUAUACAUUUAUGAAAAAUUGUGGUCUUUAACUUCUUUUGAGUAGUGUAUAUAUAUAUAUAUAUAAACUAUAACUUGUAGCUUACAUCAAGUUCUAGCAAAGGUGGUCAGUUAAUCCUGCUGAGUCAAUCAUUGAAUGAGUGGGGUUUUCAAGAUUUGCUCCUGGGCUGUAGCCUGUUGUAGGGAAUCCUAAUCUCGCACACUGUUAUGUAUCACUGUCAAUUUAAAUAGGAUAUUUUUCAAUCCACAUCAGGAAAAAUUGGAUUGUUUCAUUUUAUGUAAUCUUGCACGUUGUUCGGACAUAAAUAAUCUUCAUGAUUUGAGCUGUAAUGUUUUAAUGUUAAAUGUGGUGAGUACAAAAAUGACUUUGGAAUUGCCAGAUGUGAUAACGAAAUCAGGUUUAUUUUUGUUUUAUUGCACUCAUUGUAAUUAAUGUUUUCAUGUCCCAAACAAUGUGUAAGGUCCACAUUCUUAAUAUUCCAUCUUGACUAUUUCCAUGUCCAAACUAACGUUAUCACUUGUGAAGUGUUAAUUAAUGAUGGUUUUAAAAGUGGAGAUUGUCUUUGUGACAUUCCACAAUGUGAGAUUACAAUGUUUUCUUGUGUUUUGAAGACAAUCACAUGUAACCUGUUAGAUUGUUAGGUCAAUCCCAGCUGUUUUAUUGUCAUUAAAGUUUUGAUAACCAUGAUCAGGAUUUUAACUGUAACCAGGCAAUAGGCAAAUAUGCUACUAAGGAGAAAUAAAAGAAUGCCCAAAUUGUUUCAUAUGACAAAAGAAAAACUGGUAUGACAGACUAACUUGUCAUAUGAAAUAAUUGGUCAUCUUUCAUUUCGUUUUGAGCAGCAUAUUUGUCUUCAUACAGUGUCUUCCGAAAUGAUUUGCUUCAAGUUUUAGGAUUCAUAUUUAGAAAGAUGUCUGUAAUUUGUCAUCUAUCAAUACACACAUAUUUGACUAAGUGUCAACAGGGAUUUAUAUAGGCUUUUUCAGAGGUAGAUAUUUGGCCCCAAUUCUGGAACAUGUCGGUAAAAUUCCAAAUUUUGUAUUAUCCUUCCAAAUGCCUGUUCAUUUUGUUAUAACUAAUGUAUUAGCCUUGUGAGGACUUACGCUUCACUGAUAGGGUCAAUAAGCAUGAUAAAUUUGGAAAAAGGCUUCAGUGCUUAGUUUUGGAUUAUAUCUAUGAAUGCAAUGCUGCAAAUUCCAAUAUUUCUCCAACCUGCCUACCAAGUACUUAAUUUAGGAGUCCUAGAUAUACCUCUGAUCUGGUUGUAAUGCUUUGAUGCCUCAAUGACCACUGUUGAACUUGUUGGAACCCUGAUCUUGCAGAAGUUAUCCAAACUAAUAUUUUAUCAUUCAGCUUUUAUGCAAGAUAGUUCAUGAAUAAUGGAGGAAUUUCAUUGAAAAUGUUUGUACUUUGAAACAGGAUCUUGAUGCUGUAAACUUGUUGUUUCUCUGUUUAUAUUAUUCCAAUGUAGCUCACUUUUCUUAUGUGUUAAGGUAAUCACAAUAUGACAUGCUAUUUGUUUUGAGUCAUAGUGUAUUCUAUAUUUGUAAAUAAACUGAAAUGCUUCAAUUGUCAAAGACCAUGUUUUAAUUCUGUUUCUUUGUAUUACUGAAGGUUUUGAAGAAAGAAACAUGAAGUAUUUGAAGAAUGAAACAUGAAGAAUAGAAAACUGAAGAUAGAAUAGCGAAAAUUGAAGAUAUUGAAAAUUGAAGAUAGGGGGAAGAAAAAUGAAGGGUUGAGCCUUGAGGUGAUGAGGUGUGCUAUUAGGGCAGAGGGGCAUGAGAAAUAGGAGUUUAGAAGAUGGAAGAAAGGUGAAGAUAGAAUGAGGGCCGGCUAGGCUCAUGAUUUGGGGGAUGGAGAAGAAAUACAUCCUACCUUGGGUACGAGCUUUCACUCUUACUGUCUGUAAUCCUCACUGUCUUCUCUCUCCUAGCCAUCUUGAAAGCCUGAUACUGCUGCUGACACAAUUGAGUUAAUUUAGAACUAAGGGAACACUGGUAAGUAAUGAUACCUAAAUAAACCAGUGUUGAUUCUUAUAGACUUGAAAUGUAGCUUGUAUAAAACAAGAUUCACUUGUCAUGGGUCUUUUUAGAUCUAAAAGGGCUAUUUUGAAAGUGCAAAUAAGUAGUAUUACAUUCUCAGAAACAUCACUUAAUUUGUACUGAUGUUCAGUAUUGACUUAACAAACAUCGAUCUUGUGCAGAUUCUAUAUUCAGUAAAACGAUGCUGGAAGCAGCAGUAUCAGAUUUCUACCUCUGUCGCAGACUGCUUGUGUAACCUCCUGUGUCUUGUCACUCCUCUUCAACGUACUUUACUGUGGGUUUGAACUAAGUAUGGGAAGUGAAAACCUAACGCCUGUCUGGCUCAACUUGGUAUCUCAAUUCUUUUGCAGCAUGGGGAAGUACUUGUUGCCCAUAGAAUCAUAUUACAUCCUUCAUAAUCUUGAAAUUCUUAUCUGGAAUGAAGCCUCUUUUACCCUUCUAGUAAUGACAUGAGCUCAAGAAGAAAUAAUCCUGAAUGAAAUCUAGGAAGUCCAUACCGCAAAAUGUCCUUACUGCAAAGAUGAGCAAUUUCUCUUUACUUAAACCUAAAUAAUGGUAUUAUAAGCAAUGAGAUAACAAAGGUAAUUUCUCCUUAACCCCAGUAUGUCUUUGGGCAAUGCUCCAGACAUGUGACGAUCUAGACCUUAGCAAAGCAUCAGCCAGAUCUAGGUCUCUUGAUUCUUAAACGUUUUCCAUGUAACCUUGGUUGUGUUGAACAUAAACUCGUUUCGAAAUUUGCAGGUACUUUUACACCCUCUUCCUGAAAAAGAUUUUGCGGAAAAACAAUGUGUUUGGAGUUGCGUCCCUUAACCUUUGCUUGCUGUGUACCACUGUAGUACCCCUGACACUUUUCAUUAACCGCUUGGUUUAGGAAGAUGUAUUGAAACACAGGAAUCGCGCAGGUCAGGGUAAGGUAGGGCAGAGUAUUUCCUUGAAGGAAAGGUUAUGAAUUUGUAUUUUGAUAGGGUAAAUUUGAAGUUUGAGUGUAAACUUUAAGAGUAAAUGUACACGGGUUACUUUUAAAAAAAUGCGAAAAACUCUUAAAUAUUUUAAGAGAAACGGUUACAGACGAUGCAGUGAUUGUCUGAAUAUUUUUUUAACUUUUCUGAACUUUUCUAAUGCAUGUUAUUGUUUAAUCCCAAUUGUAAGUUGACAUCAGGAAACUUUGAGAAAUCUGCCUUCUCAUGUAAGGUAGUUCUUAGAAACAAUGGGAAGAAAUUGAGGAAUAGUGAAUGAACUUGUUUCUUUCUUCAUCAGUGCAAAGGGUUGAGUUUUUUUAUUAAAGACUUUCAGGACAUCAUCACACAUCAUUGUGGCUACCCUGAUCGUUCAGGGAUUCAUCUGGUUGUGGUGGUGGUGGCAGACUUGUUGGUUCAUGCUGAAAACCAGAGUUUCUACAUUUUUGGUGUACCCUGUUAUGAUAUUGCCCCCCGGACAUAAAACACCACUGUCACUUUAUCUAGAUCUCUCAAGAGCCGAUUGUAAGUCGCCAACACAAAUAUCUAGUGAUUUUCAUUUCUCAAUUCGAGGAUGAAUAGUGCAGUUUUUCAGUCAAUUUGUCUCUCGGAUAUCUCAACUCUUUCUCAAAUUGAUAUUUAGAGGAACAGCUUUGUAGUUUAUCCUUUCGUCAGGACUUACGACAGCAAGAAAUGUCUUAAUGUUUGGCAUACAAGUGCAUUUAAACUUCACAUUAAAAACUUUAUCACUCUCUGGAACAAUUUGGCACUUAACAUCCUCUGUUAUAUUGAGAGGCGGUGGGACAGCUCUGUAGUCAAAGCAUUUGCUUGUUAUUUGGAGUAAAGUUUAAAUACUUGUUCUAAGAGUGGGAAAAUGUUAAGGUUUUUGUUCACUGGGCCAAUUUUGCAAUGGGUGAAUGGUAUAUCUUUGUUACGCUCCAAGCAAUUGUUUGUGCUGGAAGAAGGAAGCAUAUUUGUGGAGUCAUUGUUUAUUGCUGGCAAAUGUUGUGUGCAGGGUUUAAGGCAUCUCAAACUAACUUUUAUCAAAUUUCAUCUCAUAAAUGUUCAGGAUUUGAGUUAAAAAUAUCCAAAAUGCUACUUGGUAAGUGUGAGGUUGCAGUUUCUAACAAAUUUGUAUCAAAAUUUAUCUUGUAACUGUUUAAGUAUCUACAUUUAUUACCUAAAAGGAUUUAGUUUUCAAAUUAAUUUCAGCACAUCCAAAAUUUAUUACUGAUCAGCAUGAACUAUUUUGCUUUCUUUUCAACAUUGCAAUAUUAGCAUCAGUACAGCAUUUGUGAUUACACAGUACAGCAUACAUUGCUGCCCCUGUGUUUCCUUGUGCAUACAGUAGCUGCACUUGAAAUCUGGGUUGAAUGUACCUCUAGUAGAUGCACAUGCAUGCACUUUGUUUCAGCUGAUGAUGGUAAGUAAUCAAUGGCUGCACAACCUCUGGGGCUGUAACUAGAUCGUAUGCUCAGGUUCAAAUAGCAUUUGGCUUACCUUUCAUUCCUGUCUUUAUGGAAAACAUAUGACAGUUAUUUAUCCAGUUACACAAGAAUUUUCAGUAUUCAUUCAGUGAGUAUUGAUAAUAAUCCUUCUGAUUUUUGUCUGAAUUUGGAUCUAUUGGUCUUCAUCAAAUUUUAUUCUGACAUCAAGAAUGUGUCGGGAAUUGGAUGAAUAGAAUGUUCAUUUUCAGCUGCUGUUGGUUUAAAAGUAAGUAUGGUAAAUAUACGGAAGAGGGACCAAAAAGAAGACCACUAACAACCUGGAGAAGGCACCUGGACGGAUGCAGACACUGUGGACACCUCCGUGAUGGCAGCUACAAGUAAUGAAGAUAAAACUCGGCAAGGGUUGAAACUAUAUAUUCAAACUGCGGCAUUUUCCUAAAAGUCAGUCAUUUCCAAACAAAAGUUCACAAAAAUGCUAUCAAGGCUUUCUUUUAGCGCCAUUUUUAAAUUAAUCUUUCUUUAUCUUGUGCCCAGUUUGAUAUACAGAAGUUGUUGUCAGUGACUGGCAUCAAGUUGUAUGUCAUACAUGCUCAGACAAUAAAUGUGAUGAAAUUGA